AUGGCAGAGUAUCUGACCACUGUGACUGACCAGAAACUGAGAAGGACAUUGACUAUUGACUCAUCAGCGGAGGACAUGGAUGCCCCAGAGGAAGACAGCUUCCCUUCAUUCCACUCCGUCCUGUCCUCCCUCCCACCUGUCGAAAUGGACAAGGACUCAGAAAGCUACAUCUCGGCCACUGUCUCUGAGUCUGAUGACAUGGGGCCAUUUUCAUGUUUCUCUCGAUCGUAUAUGGCCCCUUUCUCCUGGGCGGCUUUGGCCCAGUGGGACGCAGAUGACAUGGACCCAGAUGACUAUGACAAUAUGGUGUGGGCAGCCGAACCUCUGCUGCAGAACUCGCCUCCUUCAAAAAUGACCUUGCCCUCCAGGAUACAGCCACCCCACAUGGAAAAGAUGAUGAAGAUGCUGAAGGAGGUGUUUGGUUCCCUGCCGGAGGGCCAUAAGGUUAAGAUCAUAGACUGGAUUAAGGAACAGGUCUGCCAGAACUACUUCAACUGUACUUACAACAGCAAGAAUAAUGGAUCCGUACCCAAGCCUGAAAUAGCAGGGGUGACUGAGCACUGUCCACCCAAAGUGAUGUGGCUGAGAAUGGGGGUGAUGAAGAUGAUGGGGCCCUAUCUAUCUCGCCUGCAACUGAGCGAUGUGGAUUCGUGCCCCAAAGACCAGCUGUGUGACUUCUUUGAUUCACCUGAGUUCAACGCUUCCUUCACGGGUGUAGUGGGGAUGAAACCGUCCGUGGGCAGGAAGUUUCUCCAGAUGGUCAGAGAAUGCUCCAAGGACAAGGAUGAGUUCCUACAACAUGCGGACAGGCUUGGCAUGCUGGCCUGUUUCUACAGCGAUGCUCCACCAGCAGACGUCACCCUCAGCACACGCCUGCUCACCCAGCUUGAACACUGCAACAACUCUGGAAGCAAAACGCUAAAGAAGCGCAUGGUGCAGAUGUUGAUAUCAUCAUCUAAAGAUGAGACCAGUCCUGAGCUGCUGCGCCAGCUGGGCUCCGGUGUGACGAUGCUCUCACCCGAACAGCUGUCUGAGUUCCCCGAUGAAGCCCUGAAAGAGACUCUGGCCAAGCUGGGAACCAAAGUCAAAUGGAAGCUGAGGCAGGCCAAGACACUGGCCAAGAAACUACUGAAGGGGAAGACGGAGGUGUCUGGUGAGGAGCUUAUCUCCUUGGGCUCAGCUGUAUCAGGCGUGUCGACCACAGUGCUCAAGAAGAUCAAAUCCCUGGAGGUUCUUGGUAAGGAGAGUCUGAAGGAGGUUGCCAAGAAGAUGAGCAGGGGACAGAGGAAAGCUUUGCUGCAGGGGUUGCGCAGAAACGUGAAACCCUCCAACCUGGUGAAGAAAGUGCCUGGUCCUUUGCUGCGCAGUCUUUCUCUGGACCUCCUGAACAAAGCUAACCUGACGUCUCUGGACCAAGUGGCGGGCAAAGAGUGGAACCGGGCACAAUCCGCUUACCUGGUCAAGAAAUUGAUGGGUCAAAAGAUGAGGCCUAAAUAUAUUAGAAAGCUGGGAUCUGCUAUUCAGGGCUUGGCCUGUAAGCUUAUUGACGGAAUGGCUAAUAGUGAUUCCAAGGAAAUGGCCAAGGCCAUAUCAGAGAGUCAGCAAUGGCUGUCUAAAACACAGGUGGGCUGUGCAGCCCGAAAGCUUUUUGCCAGUUUGGAGGAAAAGAGACGAGGCUAUUUUGAAAGCAUCACCGAGAAAGAGCUGGAUGAGAUUCCCGUGCUUCUGCUGAUUCACCUGCCGCACUGGAAAGUGAGGGACUUGCCUGACACUGUGUGCCCGGCCUUCCUGGACAAGAUGAGUGAGGCUGACUUGGGCUCACUGCCUCUUAAUUCAUCAUCUCGUGCCGCGCUCACCAACAGAGCCCUGCGCUGCCUGGGAACAGACGUGUCUGGACUGUCCAGCAAGGAUGUGCUUAGGCUUGGGCCGUUGCUGUGUGAGGUGCCGCCAUCCAAACUGCGCCUCAUGACCCCCAAGGCCCUCGAGUCGAGCCUGCAGGCCAUUGCAUCCUGUCGCCAAAUACCUCUACGCCACAGAGAGGCACUUGUUCAGCUUCUCAACCAGACAUAUGGGGACCCAUCUGAUUGGUCAGCUGAGACUAUGAUCACCUUUGGUCCUCUCCUGGUGUUGGAUGUUGCCGCCAUACGCAGUCUGCGCUACAAGUCCUGGAUGAGGGAGGUUCUCUCUGACCUGAAAGAGGAACUGUCCAACGCCCCCAUCUCACCCCCUCCAGAUCUCUCAGCCCUGACGAAGAAACUAUUCUUUCUGACCAUCAAGCACUCCGGUGCACGCAGGAAGAGAGAAACUGAUGAGAACCAGGUGCCCAGCGUGGAGCAGAUUGAGGAACUGGGCGAGGCCAAUGUCCACUGGACCCCCGCACAGCUGAAAGCGAUGUCAAUGGACACCUUCAAGGCGACAGUCGAAACCUUGGGGGACGUUCCUGACUUCAGUCCACAGCAACUCGCUGAGCUCUCCAAAAAAGCAAAUAAGGCGUGCGGUGCAGUGCAACACCUGAACGAGAGCCUGGUCGCCCGGCUGGGCUGCGUGUGUCAGGGCUUCUCCAAUGCAGAGCUGGAGAAGCUUCCCAUCUCCAUGGACAAUCUCGACACAGUCGCUCACUGUGGUUGGACUCAGUUACAGAGGGAGGCGCUGUGGAAGGGUUUGGUCCAGCGUGGCCAGCUGACAGUGGAGAGCCUGGGAGAAGCAGAGUUAGCAGUACUGGACCAGUUCAUCUGCGGCCUCAGUGCUAACGAGAUAGGACAAAUCAACACCACUGCAUUCAGGGAGGCAGUCGACUCACUGGGUGAAAUCCAGUGUCCCCCGCUGAUGAUGAAGCAAUUUAAGAAGCACGCUGUGACGGAGUUCGGAGAGCCCGGGACCUGGACGGAGGUGGAGGUCUGCACCCUGGGCAACAUCAUAGCGGGUCUGGACGAAACUGAGCUGACGUCUCUGAAGCCAUCCGUCUUUUCAUUCCUCAGCGAGAACAGCAUACCACUCAUACCCCCUGAUAACUUCGUUGCCCUCUCAGUCAGCCAGCUGGAGGCUCUCGGUCCCGACAACGCCGCCAUGGUGACCGCUGACCAGCGGGCAGGGCUCCGAGAGGAGAAACUGGCGUCUCUCAGCAAAGCUGAA